AUGAGUUCUUUAUUCUCUGGAUGGGAAGAUGCGAAGGGGGAAGGCCAAGCUGCCCAGACAUCCGACAGCCCCUCUGUAUAUACGGAGAUGCGGUUACGGGUGAGCAGCAGCAGCAGCAGCAGCAGCAGCAACGGCAGCAGCAUCAGCAGCAUCAGCAAGAGCAGCACCAACGAGAGCAGCAGCAGCAGAAACAACAACAACAACAGCAGCAGUGGCAGUGGCUUCUGUGCUCGGUGCAUGGAUAUGAGGAAGCGAGCAGGGACACCUCAAGAGGUGACGCUGCGUUGGUACAACGAACCUCAGGAGAUUAAAGAUACUUGCAUAUUAUAUUAUCGAGAUCAAGGUGUAUUAGUUGGGGGGUUGCAUGCAAGGAGAGCUGCAGAGACAGCUAAAGUUAUCUGCACACAAACAACACAAGCAAUGAGAGGAGUUCUUAAGGCUCUAGGAUUCAGGUACAAUGAAUAA